AUGUCGUUGGAUAAUCUCUGUGAUCGUUAUGAACGCGAUGGUUUUGUUAUCGUUCCUGAUUUAUUUGAUAGCAAAGAGUGCGAUAAACUUAAGAUUGAAGCUCAAAACGUUUUAAAAGUAAAAUCACCUCCUGACGCAUCUGUUUAUGUGCAUGCAUCAGUCACAAGUCCACUCUAUCAACAAUAUCAUAGAGAUCCGCGUCUGGUGGAUAUUUUGAAAAAGAUUAUGCCGAAUGGUGUUAUGUUUUUAAGUGACAAGAUUGUUGUUAAAACACCUGAAAAAACAUUUGCAACACCUUGGCAUAUUGAUUACUUCUAUUGGCGUGAUACACGUCCGAAAGUUUCGAUUUGGAUUCCUUUAGAUGAUGUAAACGCCGACAAUGGUGCACUUACUGUAGUUCGUGGUAGUCACAAAAAAGAUUGGACAAUGAUAAACAAAGCUCUACCAAAUGGUGAAUUUGUCUAUCAAAUAGCUAAUGAUGAUGUCAAUAACGAUGAUGUAGUUACAUGUGCAGUCAAACGUGGUAGUGCAGUCUUCUUUCCUGAUAGACUUGUGCAUGGUUCCACACCAAAUUCCGCGUGUAAAGAUCGUUAUACAGUCAUAAGUACUUAUCAUGCACCUGCAGAUGAUGAAAAAUUUGAUCUUGAUUUUCCUGCACGUGAAGUACUUGUUCCAACAAACUAA